AUGAACUACCUGCGGCGCCGCCUGUCGGACAGCAACUUCAUGGCCAAUCUGCCAAAUGGGUACAUGACAGACCUGCAGCGCCCGCAGCCACCCCCGCCGCCACCGGCUGCCCCCAGCCCCGGAGCCACGCCCGGUCCCGCGACUGCCACUGCCGAGAGGGCCUCCGCGUCUGCCCCUGUGGCCUCUCCGGCUGCCCCUAGUCCUGGGUCUUCGGGGGGUGGUGGCUUCUUCUCGUCUCUGUCCAACGCGGUCAAGCAGACCACGGCGGCUGCGGCGGCCACCUUCAGCGAGCAGGUGGGCGGCGGCUCUGGGGGCGCAGGUCGUGGGGGCGCUGCCGCCAGGGUGCUGCUGGUCAUCGACGAGCCCCACACCGACUGGGCAAAAUACUUCAAAGGGAAGAAGAUCCAUGGAGAAAUUGACAUUAAAGUAGAACAGGCUGAAUUCUCUGAUCUCAACCUCGUGGCUCACGCCAAUGGUGGAUUCUCUGUGGACAUGGAAGUUCUUCGGAACGGGGUGAAGGUCAUGCGGUCUCUGAAGCCGGACUUUGUGCUGAUCCGCCAGCACGCCUUCAGCAUGGCUCGGAACGGAGACUACCGCAGUCUGGUCAUCGGGCUGCAGUAUGCCGGGAUCCCCAGUGUCAACUCUUUGCACUCUGUCUACAACUUCUGCGACAAGCCCUGGGUGUUCGCCCAGAUGGUUCGACUGCACAAGAAACUGGGAACAGAGGAAUUCCCGCUUAUCGAUCAGACCUUCUACCCCAAUCACAAAGAGAUGCUCAGCAGCACGACGUACCCUGUGGUGGUGAAGAUGGGGCACGCACACUCCGGGAUGGGCAAGGUCAAAGUGGACAACCAGCAUGACUUCCAGGACAUCGCGAGCGUUGUAGCGCUGACCAAGACGUACGCCACCGCCGAGCCCUUCAUUGAUGCCAAAUAUGAUGUGCGAGUCCAGAAGAUCGGGCAGAACUACAAAGCCUACAUGAGGACGUCAGUGUCAGGAAACUGGAAGACCAACACCGGCUCUGCGAUGCUCGAGCAGAUUGCCAUGUCUGACAGGUACAAGCUAUGGGUGGAUACAUGCUCAGAGAUUUUUGGGGGACUGGACAUCUGCGCAGUAGAAGCACUGCACGGCAAGGACGGAAGGGAUCACAUCAUUGAGGUGGUGGGCUCCUCCAUGCCGCUCAUCGGGGACCACCAAGAUGAAGACAAGCAGCUCAUCGUCGAGCUGGUGGUCAACAAGAUGGCCCAGGCCCUACCCAGGCAGCGGCAGCGGGAUGCCUCCCCUGGCCGGGGUUCCCACAGCCAGACUCCGUCCCCAGGGGCCCUGCCCUUGGGCCGCCAGACCUCCCAGCAGCCCUCGGGGCCUCCGGCUCAGCAACGACCCCCACCACAGGGUGGCCCUCCACAGCCGGGCCCAGGCCCGCAACGCCAGGGACCCCCGUUGCAGCAGCGCCCGCCCCCACAGGGCCAGCAGCACCUUUCGGGCCUCGGACCCCCAGCUGGCAGUCCCCUGCCCCAGCGCCUACCAAGUCCCACAUCAGCACCCCAGCAGCCUGUGUCCCAGGCCCCACCAAUGACCCAGGGUCAAGGCCGCCAAUCCCGGCCGGUGGCAGGAGGCCCUGGGGCACCUCCAGCAGCCCGCCCCCCUGCCUCCCCAUCUCCCCAGCGCCAGGCGGGACCCCCACAGGCUACCCGUCAGACAUCCGUCUCUGGUCAGGCUCCGCCAAAGGCCUCGGGGGCCCCGCCGAGUGGUCAGCAGCGCCAGGGCCCACCCCAGAAACCCCCGGGCCCUGCCGGCCCCACACGCCAGGCCAGCCAGGCGGGUCCCAUGCCCCGCACUGGGCCACCCACCACGCAGCAGCCUCGGCCCAGUGGCCCGGGCCCUGCUGGACGACCCACCAAGCCACAGCUGGCCCAGAAACCCAGCCAGGACGUGCCACCACCCGCCACUGCCGGGGGACCCCCGCACCCCCAGCUCAACAAAUCCCAGUCUCUGACCAAUGCCUUCAACCUUCCAGAACCAGCCCCGCCCAGGCCCAGCCUUAGCCAGGACGAGGUGAAAGCUGAGACCAUCCGCAGCCUGAGGAAGUCUUUCGCCAGCCUCUUCUCCGACUGACACCCCACCCUGAGAACCCUUAAUUCCUCCUGGGCAACCCCUCUCUGGGCCCGAAUCCAUUUCUCACUUUUGGAGUCUCCAAAUCCCUUGAGAAGCCCUCUCCUGGUCCGAGACCCCUCUUCUCACUCCGCUGAAUGCCCUACUCCCUGGGGAAACCUCACUCUUGGUCCUAACUCCAACUCCCACUUUUGGAAUCCCCAAGUCCCUUUAAAAGCCCAGUCCCCGCCACCUCAAGACUUUUCAGUUUUAGAACUCCAAAUUCCUGAAGAUCUCUACUCCUGGCCCCCCA